AUGUCUGCGAUGAUGGCUUUUGGCAGCGCGUUUGCGGCAGCGGCCAUACUUAUUCUCCCCGGAAUAAAUGCACAAUGUCCAGAUUAUGCCAAUUAUGCCAUACAGAAACACCAACCGCUUAGUACCGGCCGGUAUCAGCUCUCUUAUAUGAGACCCGAGCCAGCAUGUCGGACAUUCAACUCAUCGGUGGUGGAGGACACUAUUACCAGCAUGAAAACAGUGAUCAAAGAUCCCGAUCUGUACCGCAUAUUUGAGAAUUCAUUUCCCAAUACGCUUGAUACAGCAGUCAAAUGGAAAGGCGUUGCUGCCAAUAACUCCGAAGAGGAAUUGACAUUCCUCAUCACAGGAGAUAUCAAUGCAAUGUGGCUACGUGAUUCCGCAAAUCAGAUGCAAAGCUACCUACCCUUAGUCACGGCAAACUCAUCUUCCAACUCUCUUGCCAGCUUAUACCGAGGGGUUAUCAAUCUCCAGGCUCGAUAUAUCCUCGAAGCUCCUCACUGCAACUCCUUCCAGCCCCCAGUCGAGUCUGGAAUCGGCCCGUCACAAAACCAGCCGAACCCAGACUACUUUACACCUCCGGUAGAUUCUUCGAUAGCCUUCGAAUGCAAGUACGAGUUAGAUUCUCUAGCGGCAUUCUUGGAGCUCUCAACAAACUACUACGAAGCUACAGGAGAUAUUGAGUUUUUCAGGAAGUUCCAGUGGAUUGAUGCGAUUAAUACCAUCAUCUCUACCACCGAGGCUUUGCUUAUCGGUACCUACGCGGCGGAUGGAUCAGUCAACACAAUUCCCUAUACGUGGUCCCGGAGGACCACUUCAGCAACGGAGACACUCGAUAAUUCAGGACGAGGGAAUCCGGUACAAGAUGGUACGGGCUUGAUUCGAUCAGCAUUUCGUCCGAGCGAUGACUCAACUAUCUAUCAGCUUUUCAUCCCAGCCAAUAUGAUGUUCACGCGUUAUUUAGAUUCGGCGUCAACUAUCAUGGCCAAUGUUGGCAACCAGCGAAAUCUAGCAAAUCAUAUGCAUAAUUUUGCUGGCAGAAUCCGGGAAGCUAUUACUAAGUAUGGGAUUGUAAACCAUCCAACCUAUGGGCAGAUCUACGCAUUUGAGGUGGAUGGCUUUGGGUCACAUAACAUAAUGGACGACGCAAACAUCCCCUCACUCCUCAGUGCUCCGUUCUUUGGCUAUCUCAACAUAAGUGAUAACGUCUAUCAAAACACACGCAAACUCAUUCUGAGCAAAGAUAAUGCCUAUUUCAUGCGAGGCCCUGUGAUUAAUGCAGUUGGUGGCCCCCACGCCGGUUUUGGCCAAGCCUGGCCCAUGGCUUCUAUAAUCCGAAUUUUCACCUCGACCGACUCCUCUGAGAUCACAUCCACAUUAAAGGAACUCGUCAGCAGCACCGCUGGAUUGGGAUUGAUGCAUGAGAGUAUUAAUUCCUUUAAUCAGCAGAUGUGGUCGAGGCAGUGGUUUAGCUGGGCAAAUGGGCUUUUUGGACAGUGCUUGCUUGAUUUGAAGGAGAGAAUGCCUGAAGUCCUCGACAAGAGCUAUCAGUAG